UGUCUCACUGUCAUGCGCAACGGUGGCACUGCCAUGUUGGAUCGAAAGCUCGGUGCACAGGAGUUCAGAUGAAAGUUUAGAGUCUCAAGACGACAUUGGAUAACCGAACGAGGAUCGCGUUUUAUUUCUAGGACACAAGACUUAUCUCAACCCACCCCCGGCCGAGACACACAGGUCUGAUUAUGAGAGCCUCCGGUGAUUAGAGAUCAAUGAACACAUAUUUUCUGUUAAACACUUCCUGAUCACAAGUUCACGCCGUCGGAUUGUCAAAAAUGAGCGGUCCUCCUUCAAUUAAGAGGCCUGCGAUCAAUAGUGGCUCCAUUCUUCUCACUCCUCAAGAAAACGAAGUGCUCUUCAGCCAUCUGGAAAAGAAAUGCACCAGUUUGUGUUCAGCCGUGGUGCAGGUCUAUGGAGCAGACAGAAACUCGUCGUGGGUGAAGAAGUGCUGCGGGGUGGCCUGUGUGGUGAAAGACGGCGCUCAGAGAUCUUACUUUAUCAAGGUGUUUGAUAUGAAGGAGGGAAGACAGUUGUUUGAUCAAGAGCUCUACAACAACUUUUCAUUCAGCUGCUCCCGGCCGUACUUUAUCACAUUUGCAGGAGAUACGUGCCAGAUCGGUCUCAAUUUUGCCAGUGAGGAGGAAGCCAGGCGAUUCAAGUCUUCAGUCAAUGAAAUUUUGAAUAAAAGAGGGAGGAAAACUGAAAAAAGACGUGACCCACCCAAUGUUUCAGCACCAACGGCGCCAUCAGCACCUUCGGCACCUUCAGGACCUUCAGGACCAAUACUUCCAAUGGCAACGGUGGACAUAAAGAACCCUGAAAUCAUCAACCAGCGUUAUCCAAAUAACACUCAAAUGAACAACUUUAACAUCCACAGCAACUUUAACAAAAAAGACAAAGGCAAAGGCAAGAACAACAAAAAGAAGAAACUAUCCAAAAAUGAAAUCGGGACCCCAAGCAAUUUCCAGCAUGUAGCGCAUGUCGGCUGGGAUCCCAACACAGGCUUUGAUUUGAAUAAUUUGGACCCAGAUCUAAAGAACCUGUUUGACAUGUGUGGCAUUUCUGAUGCCCAGCUCAAAGACAUAGAGACGUCUAAAGACAUCUACGAAUUCAUUGAGCAGAGAGGAGGAGUAGAGGCUGUCAGAAACGAACUUCGAAGAGAAGCACCUCCACCUCCACCAUCCAGAGGACCACCACCUCCUCAAAACUCGGCUCCUCCUCCCCCACCUCCCUCCAGAGGCCGAGGAGCGCCGCCUCCGCCGCCACCAUCCAGAGGGCCCACCUCCGCUCCUCCACCACCUCCACCCUUCCGACCAGGUAUGAGCGCACCUCCACCUCCUCCCCCCAGCAGAGGGCCUGGGUCGGCUCCCCCACCACCUCCUACACCCCAGCCUGCCUCCCUGUCUCCUCCGGCCCCUCCACCUCCUCCUCCUCCUUCAGUGGGUGGAGCACCGCCACCGCCGCCUCCUCCGGGACCCCCUCCUCUCGCUCCUCCUCCACUACCGGACGGGGAUUUAGGGGAGGCGCCGGGGGGUAAAUCUGCACUCCUGAACCAAAUUCGAGAAGGGGCGCCGCUGAAGAAAGUGGACCAAAACAACAAGCCGCCCGCGUCCGGUGGUGGCCGUGACUCACUCUUAGACCAAAUACGACAGGGCAUUCAGCUUAAGAAUGUACAGGACACUACAGACUCUGCUCUGCCCAAUGCUGCCCCCUCACCUGGGAUCGUGGGGGCGCUGAUGGAGAUCAUGCAGAAGAGGAGCAAAGCGAUCCACUCUUCAGAUGAUGAUGAUGAUGAUGCAGAAGAUUUUGAGGAUGAAGAUGAGUGGGAUGAAUGAUGACCAGGGCUGGCCAAAGGAAUUAAGGCACUACAUUGCUCUUGACAUGCUAAAUCUUAUAAAGUUGUAAUGUAAAUGGACGACCGAUUUGCUGUACAUUUCUGUUGCCUUUAUGCUUUUUUGUAUUAAUCUGUGCAAUACCUCAUUUAAUCUGUAAAGGUUUGUCAUGCAUCUCCUGUAAAGGUUUUAUUUCCCUCUUCUGGUUUCAUGUGCAAUUUUACAUCAAGUUGUCUUGAAUUGUAGAGUUGAAUGUGUUUGGGUCUUUUGUUUAUUUUAUUUUUCUUUGUCAUUCUUUAAAUGAACGCAGACUCUAAAGAACAAGAUGAGCGAGUCUUAAAUGACUCGAAGCAAGAACACUAUUUUCAUACUUUUCUCUUACCUUUUCUUAUUCAGAAAAUAGUUUAGUGCUGUUAUUUUCUUAAAAAACAUAUUUAGCCCCAUUGCUGAUUUGUACAUUUGCUCCGAGUUUGAGUCGGUUUCUAUUUUUGCACGGAUCAAAAAGAAAAAAGUGGGGAAACGGCGCAAUACGGCGGUUAUGUUUACACAUUGUGUGCUAUAGCUACUAUGUCAGGACUCUCCUUAACAUUAGAUGUGAGAAACACUACAGUUAAUAGAAACAACCCUAUUUGCAUAUGCUAGUUUGAAUUUUACUGGCAUUACAACAAAUUUCAUGGGCACUAGUUUUUUGGUUUUCUUAUGGUCAGCUACGGUUUAUGUCAAAAGUUAAUGUUUAUGUGUGCCAUUGAGAGAAAAAAAAAACAAGAAUCCUGAAAUGGACCUUUGUGCAUUCUCAAUGUUUUACUAAUAACUCACUGUGAUGCAUAUACUUUUCACUGUUUUUAACAGUGUUGUAGAGCAAUUCUAAUAUGUUUUCCAGUUUUUAUCCUUUGUUCAACCAGGGUUGCUUUGCAUUGAGACUUGAAACCUUUGAAAUGAGGUUGAAAAGAAUUAUUAAAAUCGUACACUCUAAUAAAUGUUCAUAUUUACAGAA